GACCUUUGGGAGGGCCGAGCCCCCAAACUUCCCAGCUUCGCCUGCAGACGGGGCCGGGCCGGCUCCAACCCAGCACUUCCGGGAAAUGGCCGCCUCCAGGCAUGUCCUGGGCCGAGUUUCCCCGGAAUCCUCCAUGCUGUUCCUGUGUGACAUGCAGGAGAAGUUUCGCAACGUCGCCUACUUCUCCCAGAUCGUCUCUGUGGCAGCUCGCAUGCUCCGAGUGGCCCAGCUGCUGGGUGUCCCAGCCCUGCUGACGGAGCAGUACCCGCAAGGCCUGGGCCCCACAGUUCCUGAGCUGGGGGCCGAGGGCCUUCAGGCCCUGAGCAAGACCUGCUUCAGCAUGGUGCCUAUCCUGCAGCAGGAGCUGGACAGCCGGCCCCAGCUGAAGUCUGUGCUGCUCUGUGGCCUGGAGGCCCAGGCCUGUAUCAUGCAAACAGCCUUGGAUCUACUGGACCGAGGGCUGCAGGUUCACGUCGUGGUGGAUGCUUGUUCUUCUCGCAGCCAGGUGGACCGGCUGGUGGCCCUGGCCCGCAUGCGACAGAGUGGCGUCUUUCUCUCCACCAGUGAAGGGCUCAUUCUGCAGCUUGUGAGGGACGCUGCCAACCCUCACUUCAAGGAGAUCCAGAAGAUCAUCAAGGAGCCCGCCCCUGAUAGCGGGCUGCUGGGCUUCUUCCAAGGCCAGAACCCCCUCUUCCGCUGAGCCCGGGGCCUCGACCCUCCAGUCACUCGGCAGUCACUCGGCAUCUUGGAAGCGCUUCUCCCGGUCCCUGGAUCCCCAGAGUGGUGCAGUCGUCCAGGAGAGCCGCCCCCGGGGGAGGGGGCGUGGUCCUGCUGUCCCAUUGGCCGGCUGCUCCAGGAAAUGCAAAUGAGACUCGUGGGAAGCUGUGCGGCAAUUGGCUGGGAGUGAGGCAGAGGCGGGGCUCGGCCCAGCGCCACUUCCCAGGGUGGGCAGGGGCGGGAGAAGGGGCGUCACCGAUGGGACCCAGACUUGCAGAAUAAACAUUGCUGUGACUGUG